AUGGAUGCAUAUAUGAUGGUGACUAAGAAGAAGGACAUAGAAGAGCCUACAAGUGAAGAGAUUGCUGCUAAAUCAGAUUCAGUCGCAGCUCCUGUUACCAUUGAAAAGCAUGUGUCUUCUGCAGUGACUUCGGUUGCUGAGCCAGUGGUGGUCAAGGCAUGUGAGCCAAUAACGGAGAAGCAACAACGUGAGCUCUUCAAAUGGACGUUGGAGGAGAAACGGAAAGUAAAACAGAAAAACGCAGAAGAGAAGAAGAGGAUUGAUGAAGAAAAAGCGAUUCUGAAACAGUUCAUAGGAUCCAACACCAUUCCUACUCUCUGA